AUGGCUCAGCAACAUCUCGCCCGCGCCCUGAAGCCCGAGCACAUCCAGCAGCUGCUGCUCUCCUGCCUAGAGGCCAAGAAGUCUGCCUACUGCCCCUACAGCCACUUCCCCGUGGGCGCCGCCCUCCUCACCCGGGAAGGCAGGAUCUUCUUGGGGUGCAAUGUCGAAAAUGCCUGCUACCCACUGGGCAUCUGUGCCGAACGGACUGCCAUCCAGAAAGCCAUUUCUGAAGGGUACAAGGACUUCAAGGCAAUUGCUAUUGCUAGUGACUUGCAGGACGAUUUUAUCUCACCGUGUGGGGCCUGCAGACAAGUCAUGAGAGAGUUUGGGACCGACUGGGCCGUCUACAUGACCAAGCCCGAUGGCACGUACGUCGUCAAUACUGUUGAAGAGCUGCUGCCCGCCUCCUUUGGGCCUAAGGACCUCCAGAAGUUCCAGUGA